AUGACAAGAAUUUUGACAGCUUGCAAAGUGGUGAAGACUUUGAAAGACGGAUUUGAGUUUUGCAAUGUGACUGCUCAUCAUCACUGGCGUCUGGCAAGGACUGGUACCAGAUUUUUAAGUGUCAAGGCACAGACGGCAAACUUGGUGCUAGAUGAUGGAACGAAGAUGAAGGGUUAUUCCUUUGGCCAUCCGUCGUCCACAGCCGGUGAAGUUGUCUUCAACACUGGUCUUGCUGGGUACACUGAAACCCUGACAGAUCCCAGCUACCGGGGGCAGAUUCUCACGAUGGUUAACCCCAUUGUAGGCAAUGGUGGGGCGCCGGACACCGCUGCCUUGGAUGAAAUGGGCCUCAGCAAGUUUUUAGAGUCUGAUGGAAUCAAGGUUUCAGGUUUGCUGGUGCUGGAUUACAGCAAUGACUACAGUCACUGGCGGGCAGUCAAAACUCUGGGACAGUGGCUGCAAGAAGAAAAGGUGCCUGCUCUGUGUGGGAUUGACACAAGGAUGCUGACUAAAAUCAUUCGGGGCAAGGGCACAGUCCUGGGGAAGAUUGAAUUUGAAGGUCAGCCUGUGGAGUUUGUAGAUCCAAAUAAGCAGAACCUGAUUGCAGAUGUUUCAACCAAGGAAGUCAAGGUGUAUGGCAAAGGGAAUCCAAUUAAAGUUGUAGCUGUGGACUGUGGGUUAAAGAACAAUGCUAUCCGUUUGCUAGUAAAGCGAGGCGCGGAGGUGCAUUUGGUCCCAUGGAAUCAUGAUUUCACCAGGAUGGAGUAUGAUGGGCUUUUUCUUUCCGGCGGCCCUGGGGAUCCAAUGCAGGCACAGGAGCUGAUCCAGAAUCUUAAGAAGGUCUUGAAGAGCGAUCGCAAGGAGCCGUUGUUUGGAGUCAGCAUGGGGAAUCUGAUAACUGGAAUAGCAGCUGGAGCUACAUCCUACAAGAUGCCCAUGGCCAACAGAGGUCAGAAUCAGCCGGUUAUGAACCUGUUGAACGGACAAGCUUUCAUUACAGCACAGAACCAUGGCUAUGCACUUGACAGCAACACCCUUCCUGCUGGCUGGAAACCUCUUUUUGUGAAUGUCAAUGAUCAAACAAAUGAGGGAAUUAUGCACGAGACCAAACCAAUUUUUGCAGCACAGUUUAACCCGGAGGCCAGUGCGGGGCCAACAGACACAGAGUUCCUAUUCGAUUCGUUCAUUUCGCUGAUCAAGAAGGGAAAAGGUACAACAGUUGCCUCAGUGCUGCCCAAGGCCACAACUGUAGCUUCUAGGCUUGAGGUUUCCAAAGUUCUCAUCCUAGGAUCUGGAGGUCUGUCGAUUGGUCAGGCGGGGGAAUUUGAUUACUCUGGGUCACAGGCUGUUAAGGCCAUGAAGGAAGAAAAUGUGAAGACUGUCCUGAUGAACCCCAAUAUUGCCUCAGUCCAGACCAAUGAGGUUGGCUUAAAGCAGGCUGACACGGUCUACUUCCUCCCCAUCACCCCACAGUUUGUCACAGAGGUCAUCAAAGCAGAAAGGCCAGAUGGGUUAAUUCUGGGCAUGGGAGGCCAGACAGCUCUCAACUGCGGAGUGGAGCUGUUCAGACGAGGCGUUUUGAAGGAGUAUGGAGUGAAGGUCCUGGGGACGUCCGUCGAAGCCAUCAUGGCCACUGAGGACAGGCAACUGUUUUCUGACAAACUGACUGAGAUUAAUGAGAAGAUCGCUCCCAGCUUUGCCGUGGAAUCGAUUGAAGAUGCUUUGAACGCAGCAGAAAAGAUCGGCUACCCAGUCAUGAUACGGUCUGCCUAUGCUCUGGGUGGACUGGGAUCAGGUAUAUGUCCUGACAAAGAGAGACUGCUGGAUCUUGGGACCAAGGCAUUUGCAGUGACCAACCAAAUUCUAGUGGAGAGGUCCGUUGUUGGCUGGAAGGAGAUAGAGUAUGAAGUCGUGAGAGAUGCAUCUGAUAACUGUAUCACCGUCUGUAAUAUGGAAAAUGUUGAUGCUAUGGGAGUUCAUACCGGAGAUUCCAUCGUAGUGGCUCCCAGCCAGACACUGUCCAACGAGGAAUUUCAGAUGCUGAGGGAAAGUGCCAUCAAGGUCGUCCGACACCUGGGCAUCGUGGGGGAAUGCAACAUCCAGUAUGCCCUGCACCCUACCUCCCUGGAGUACUGCAUCAUCGAGGUCAAUGCCAGGCUCUCCAGAAGCUCUGCCUUGGCAUCCAAGGCCACAGGGUACCCAUUAGCAUUUAUUGCUGCCAAAAUCGCCCUGGGGAUCCCCUUGCCGGAGAUCAAGAAUGUAGUAUCAGGAAAAACCUCUGCCUGCUUUGAGCCCAGCCUGGAUUACAUGGUCGCCAAGAUACCUCGCUGGGACCUGGACCGCUUUCAGGGCACCUCUAGCCAGAUUGGCAGCUCCAUGAAGAGCGUGGGAGAGGUCAUGGCUAUCGGGCGCACCUUUGAGGAGUGCUUCCAGAAGGCCCUGAGAAUGUGCCACCCAUCUGUGGAAGGCUUCACAUCACGUCUGCCAAUGAAUAAAGAGUGGCCGGCCAACUUAGAUCUCCAGAAAGAACUGGCUGACCCCUCCAGCAUUCGAGUCUAUGCAAUGGCCAAGGCCUUGCAUGACGGUGUCCCCGUGGAUGAUAUUCACAAACUCACAGCCAUUGACAGAUGGUUCAUCUAUAAGAUGCGGGAUAUUGUGAACAUGGAGAAAAGCCUGAAGGAACUCAGCAGUGAGUCAAUUCCAGAAGAAACAAUGAGGAGGGCCAAACAGAUCGGCUUCUCGGAUAAGCAGAUUGGGAAAUGCCUUGGAGUGACCGAGGCCCAGACCCGGGAGCUGAGGCUGAAGAAGAACAUAAUGCCUUCAGUGAAACAGAUUGACACGCUGGCAGCAGAAUACCCUGCAGUAACGAACUACCUCUACGUCACAUACAACGGGCAGGAGAAUGAUGUAAAAUUUGAUGACCAUGGAAUGAUGGUGUUGGGCUGUGGACCGUAUCACAUAGGCAGCAGUGUGGAGUUUGAUUGGUGCGCUGUCUCCAGCAUCCGCACGCUGCGUCAACUGGGCCACAAGACUGUUGUGGUGAAUUGCAACCCGGAGACGGUGAGCACAGAUUUUGAUGAAUGUGACAGACUGUACUUCGAGGAGCUGUCAUUGGAGAGGAUCCUGGACAUCUACCAACACGAGGAAUGUGCUGGCUGCAUUAUCUCUGUCGGAGGGCAAAUCCCCAAUAACCUGGCAGUGCCAUUGUACAAGAACGGAGUUAAGAUCAUGGGCACUAACCCUAUGCAGAUUGACCGAGCAGAAGAUCGCUCCGUAUUCUCAGCUGUUCUGGAUGAGCUGAAUGUGGCUCAGGCACCCUGGAAGGCAGUUAGCACGUUGAAAGAGGCUGUUGAAUUUGCAAACUCCGUGGGCUACCCAUGUUUGCUGAGACCUUCUUACGUUUUGAGCGGGUCUGCAAUGAACGUGGUAUUCACAGAAGAGGAGAUGAAGAAGUUCUUAGCAGAAGCCACCAGAGUCUCCCAGGAGCACCCAGUUGUACUCACGAAAUUCAUCGAGGGAGCCCGAGAGGUGGAAAUGGAUGCUGUCGCCAAGGCUGGAAAAGUCGUCUCACAUGCUAUCUCUGAGCAUGUGGAGGAUGCGGGAGUUCACUCUGGAGAUGCCACCCUGAUGUUGCCCACGCAGACUAUUAGCCAAGGAGCCUUGGAGAAAGUGAAAAUUAUCACCAAAAAGAUUGCACGUGCCUUUUCCAUCUCUGGCCCAUUCAAUGUUCAGUUCCUGGUCAGAGGAAACGAUGUCUUGGUGAUAGAGUGCAACCUGCGGGCUUCACGCUCCUUCCCCUUUGUGUCCAAGACUAUUGGCGUGGAUUUCAUUGAUGUGGCCACAAAGGUGAUGAUUGGAGAAAAGAUCGAUGAAUCAUCCCUGCCUACACUGGAAAGACCCAUUAUCCCUUCUGAAUAUGUCGGCAUUAAGGCUCCAAUGUUCUCCUGGCCCCGACUGAGAGAUGCUGACCCUAUUCUCCGAUGUGAGAUGGCUUCCACUGGGGAGGUUGCUUGCUUCGGGGAGAGCAUCCAUUCUGCCUUCCUGAAGGCAAUGCUCUCUACAGGAUUUAAGUUUCCACAGAAGGGCAUUCUGGUUGGAAUCCAGCAUUCCUUCCGUCCCAAAUUCCUUGGUGUAGCAGAGCAGCUGCAUGAAGAAGGUUUCAAGCUUUACGCCACAGAAGCAACUUCCAACUGGCUCAAUGCCAACAGCGUACCUACAACUCCCGUGGCCUGGCCAUCCCAGGAAAGCCACACUUCCAACCUCCCCGCAAUCAGGAGAUUGAUAAAAGAUGGGAACAUAGACCUGGUGAUUAACCUCCCCAACAGCAACACCAAGUUCGUCCAUGAUAAUUAUGUGAUCCGCAGGACGGCUGUUGACAGCGGGAUUGCUCUUCUCACUAACUUCCAGGUGACAAAGCUUUUUGCUGAAGCCAUCAAAUACUCUGGGAAAGUGGACGCUAAGAGUCUUUUCCACUACAGAAAAUUAAAUACCAGCAAUCCACCGUAG